AUUCCUAGUUUUAUUUCACCAACGAAACAACGUAAAUAAUUGUUUUCCCCACCUCUCUUACUGCGUCCGAUCUGUCCGAGUUUCGGAGCUCGUUUGUUCUGCCCAGAACUGAAGAAGUUACUGCUGUUGUUCUGCAGACGACAGCAUGUAGAGGAAGAUGGAGCAGACGGUCAGACCGAACAUCACCUUCAAGAGCCUCCAGAACCACAGGUCACUCUCCUGCUUCUUCAGGAUGGAGUAAAGAUUGAGGAAGUGCUGUAUGUCCAGAAGUGGAACACAAACCAGGACUCUUUUGCAGUUGUUGACAAAAAGGCUGUUCAAGGUUUCCUUGACUUGCUGCAAAACAUCUGGAGACUGUAUGAGUACAAUUCUCAAGAAAACGUGCAGUUGUUGUGACGACAUUGGAUAUUUACACUUCUCAGCUUAAUUCUCUGCUGGUGUUCGACUAUCAAGGCUACCUUUGGCACCAUUUGGAAGGGCUUAAAAGAAAGGAAAACCAAUCUUGAAUUUUCACCCUGAAACUGAAGGAUCUGAGCAGUCUCCAUCAUCUGUACUUACAUUUUUGCCAUUUAUCGUGACCCGUGAUAUGAUUGGAGAGCCACCUCAAAAGAUUACCAGACAAAGGCAUCAGGGUCAGUGGUCAGAGUCGGCACAACGAACUGUCAGGUGAGACAGUGAGGGGUUUGAAGGAGUUAAAUGAGGACCGCCGAGGCUUCGAGCUCAGCGCUGAUCAGCACUCAGUGAUGCAGGAGGGGGAGAAAGAGGAAGGAGGAGCGAGCAGAGCAGCUGAGCCUUUCUGCUUUCAGUCUCUCGUCAGCGAGUACCAGAGCAGUUUCCUUUGCUGUGCUUCUCUGAAAAACACACACACACCAGAACACUCUUCAUUGCUGGUUGGGUGAGAGUGCUGAAUCCUUUCCUCUCCGCCUGGAUCAUGCUGCCCUGGAAAAGGAGCAAGUUUGUGCUGGUGGAGAAUGAGUCCAAAAGCAAGCCGAAAAGUCUUGGAGCCGGACUGACUUAUCAUUCCCUGCUUUCGACUUUGCUCCACUCCUGUCCAGACCUCGUUCCUGACUGCCCGUUUCACUGGUUGGGAAGCGUUUUCCACAGCAAACGCCAGAAAGUGGAGCUCAACAAAGAGGAACCCACCUACAACGUGCGUUACCUGGGCAGUGCGGUCACCAUCAUGGCUAAAGGUGAGGAUUGCACGCAGGAGGCGGUGGCUAAGAUUUGGACUCGCAGCAACUAUGGCGAACAGAGCGCCAAGAUGAAGCUCAGUAUCGGGCCGCACGGCAUCCGCAUGGGGGUGGAUAAAGGCGGCAAAAAGAAGCCCGUCCACCUCUAUUCCCUCAACCGUAUCACAUACUGCACCGCUGACCCCUUCCGGCCAAAGAUUUUUGCGUGGAUUUACAGGCAUCAGGUGAAGAAUAAAGCGGUGGUUCUACGAUGCCACGCCGUCCUGUUGGCGAAGGCGGAAAAGGCCCGAGCGUUAGCGCUCAGUUUAUACCAAAACUCAACAUCGGCAUUCACGGAGUUCAAGCGACUAAAGCGGCAAUCUGAUUUCCGCCAUUGCCAGCAGCAGCUCUUGGGCGAGGACAUUGUGCCUCUUAUGCCUCUUCGGAGACUCCUGAAUGGCCAGUGCCACUACCAGCCACCUGCAGAAAAGCCUGGAAGCGCCAAGCGGCUGUCCUCGAUUACUGAGGAAGAGGAGGAGGAGGAUGAGGAUGGACCGAGGGAUGCUGAAUCCUCCAACACGAAAAACGCCAGCAUUCCCAGUCCUUCUUCUCCUCCAGAGAAAGAUCUGGGGAAGAUCGUAAAUAGACUGGAUGAGGUUUCGAUUACCAGCUGGGAUGAAGCACAGAUGACUAUCAGCACUCUGGUGUGACGUCAGAUGGAUACAGUUUAGUGUCCUCACCACUGAGCUUCUGUCCUGUCGCCUUUCCCGCCAAUCCACUCUGUCUGGUACGUCCAUCGAUGCACCGUGAAACAGCCCUCUGAAACUCGGGAUAAGGACCGUUGGCAGACACGAUGCCGACAAGGAAGCGUUACAUGAGCUGCAUGGAGAGGAAGAGCCAGAAGAAGCACAAUAUAAGGAAGACCACAGGUACACCAAUCAUCUGGAGUUGGUCGAGAGCUUACACCGAAAAGCCUUUAUCUACCCCCAACAUCAAGCAAAGCUUAAACCGCACACCCAAAGACGAUAAAGCAUUCAUCUUGUACUCACGGCACCGAAUGAUAUUGUGAGUACGUGCCAAGUGCUUUAGACUGGUGGACUAUGAGUAGGAACCUAAAAAUUUGACUUUUUGUAUGACAAGAUGGUUCAUAACUGUCCCCCGGUGACCUCUUUCAACUGGCUCAGCUUCAAUGGGAUGCGAUUAAAGCUGGUUUAUUGGCAUUGGGAGCAGCACUAAUGAAUUAAACCAUAACUUAGGAAUCGAGCCAUUGACUUGACAUGUUUACUGCUACCAUUCGUCAUAGCUCUGCUAAUCAGUAAUGCAUAACAAGUGGAGGCAUCACCUGUGACGUUUGAGAUGAGCCUUUUAAAAUGUUUAUAAAAGGUAUCUGUUUUACACUGUGAUGUGUCUGGGACCAAAUGGGAGCAAUGUAUCUUGUAUUUAUACAAAUUGUAAUUUAUGCUGAAUAUAUGUUGGUGUAAUGUGGUAGUCAUAAAAACUCAUUUUUAUGCUGUUCACGUGAAGGUUGUAGCUCCCAUCUGUCAACUCUGGCAUGUGUUUUUGUAAUUUCAGCUCAUCGUAUUAAUCUUCUGGAAACUGAUUGGGGAAAAUGGUGAUUUUUGUACUACUUUCAUCUUUUUCUGCACAAUGGGACACUGUCAGUGUGAAAUAUUGCCAAAUGUUGUAUAAUAAAA